CUUGAACAAGAAAUUCAUUGGUGGUCACUUACCCAAUUACCAGAAAUUCAUAGGUGCUGGUAUUUACAUACUCAUUUACUAGCACUUCCUCAAAGCAGAAAGAAAAGAAAAAGCAAAAUAUAGUUGUCCUAGAUCUUUUUAUAUAAACCCAAGAUUUUCCCUUUCCCAAACAAUAUUCUUCAAGUCUCUACCCCUUCAUCUGUUUUCCUACAUAUUUUUCAGAUUCUUGAAAACCACUUUUUUUUCAACAUGUCAGACUAUGGAUCCAACAAUACAUGCUGCUUUAAGUGCAUCCAAUUCAUAUUAACAGCAGGCUUAACAGCUCUUUUCAUUUGGCUAAGUCUAAGAACCACAAAACCAUCUUGCUCUUUAGAAAAUUUUUACUUACCUGCCCUUAACAAAUCUGAUAACUCCAACUCCACAAGAUCCAAUCAUACACUUUCCUUUCAGCUCAAUUUGAACAACAAGAUGAAGGACAAAGGUGUUCGCUACGAUGACAUUAAACUUAGUUUUUACUAUGGUACAAAUACAAGUUUUCCUAUAGGUAAUUAUACAGUACCUGGUUUUUACCAAGGCCAUGACAAGAAAGCAAAUAAAAAGGGUAUGCUGGAAACUGAGAAAAUGCCUUGGAAUGAUGCUUUAAAGAUGGUUUCAAAUGGGUCUAAAGUGGUUUUCAGGGUGGAUGUAGCUACUAGAGUCAGGUACAAGGUCAUUCUUUGGUAUACUAAGAGGCAUAAUUACACUUUGGAAAAUAACACACUCAAAGUCGAUGCUUCAGGUAAAUCAAGUUCACAACAGCUUCAUUGUUGUUCUAUUGGGCUUCCCCUAAUAUUUUUAUUCAGCUUUCUUCUUCUGUUGUAAACGAUGAGUUCAACAAUUUUAUAUUUUACUACGGGACCUAAUUCUGUUUUACAAUUACGGGUUCAGGUUUUAGUGUUUGUUAACAUUCUACUAAUUCUUUUAAUUAUGUACUAUCAAUUUAUCCGUUUAAACUGUCGGUACAAACUGAAUGUAGUUGGUGUUAUCUUUUCUUUUUGAAUUUAUUCUAUAUAAAUUUUGAGUGGCUUGUUUUAUGUGGUA